AUGCAGACACAACUCCGUGAAAUAGUUCUUUCUCUUGGUGAAGGACUUACUGAUGAAUGCUUCCUUCCAAUUACGUUAUAUUGUAAUAAAUUGGAAUCAGUCACUCUUUGGUGGUGUAGUGGUUUCACGGAUUUAGCAUUUCAAUCACUAGCAUACAACCGAAACGCUGGCUUGAAACGUCUUCAAUUCUAUCAUGUUAAGGAUUUAACCGAUCAUCUUGAAAAAUUACAAGCACAUCGACGUUUAAAAGAUGUACAUUUUUAUUUUUGUAAUAUUGAUGAUGAUCUGAAAGGUUAUUAUCAGGAUCAAA